AUUGAUUCAGACGAUCUUAUGGCCAGUGGAGAAACAGAUAUGAAUGGGUAUUUCACUCUUGAAGGACACACAGCCGAGUUCUUUACAAUUGAUCCGAAAUUGAAUAUUUACCACAGAUGUGGCUCUCAAGAAAAGAAAAAUUUCCUCAAAAAGAUACUGAUGAUAAAGAAGAUUUGCCCGAAGAAGCUAACGUUUUGGGUACCAAAAGAAUACGUCUCAAGAGGAAAGCAUGCAGCGAGAACUUACGAAUUUGGUACUUUGGAAAUGUCACUCAAAUACAAACACUCUAAAACAGAUUGCUUUCACUGA